AUGUUGAGACAACAUUUACGAUUCCAUUCGAAAUUGGCUCUUGCGGGAUACAACAAAAAGGAGGUGACUGUUGCCAUCAACGGCAUAAACCAUACAUUCAACAACGUAUUCUUGCGAGAUGCAUGCAAGUCGCCAAACUCAGUUGACCCCAUUUCUAGCCAAAAACUAUUCACUACAGCUGAUGCAGCAACGGACUUGGCAAUAAAUGCACCCCCAGUCAUCAACAACUCAUCCCUACUCAUCCAAUGGAGCAGCAACGGCAAAAUUAUCGACUCACUGUACCCCGUUUCCUUUUUAGAGAACUAUGCUACGGCCCGGGGGAGAAGAACUGGAAAGUUUUUCGACAACGACAGAAAGUUAUGGGAUAAGCAAGAACUUGAAAAGAACUUGUCAGACCUAAACAUUGACUAUGACGCUAUUCUUGGUGAUGACCGUUCAUUUUUCCAGGCAUUGUACAACCUUAACAGGUACGGCUUAACAUUCGUCAACAACAUCCCAUUCCCGGACCUAUCCACCAUGACAGAAGAAAACGCCCCACAAUGGCCAGUCUACAAAAUCGCCGACAAAUUCGGGUACAUCAAGAAAACCUUCUAUGGGACAUUAUUUGACGUAAAGAACAAGAAAGAAAAAGCUACCAACAUCGCCUACACCAACACCUUCUUGCCAUUACACAUGGACUUGCUCUACUACGAAUCUCCCCCGGGAUUGCAAUUACUCCACGCCAUACAAAACUCAACCUUAGGCGGCGAAAACAUCUUCUGUGACUCCUUCCUUGCUGCUGAACAUAUCCGCAAAUCCGACCCCAAGGCAUACACUGCCCUCACCCAAAUCCCCAUCACCUUCCACUACGACAACAACAACGAGUACUACUACUACAAGCGGCCCUUAAUUAUUGAAGAUAAGGAAGCACCACCAGCAUUUGUUCCUAUUUCUGCCAUCAACUACGCGCCGCCAUUCCAGGGCCCAUUUGAAAUUGACCCGGCCCAGUACUCUAUGUUUGACGAUUUCGUCCGCGGCAUGCGGCUCUUUGAAUCAUUUAUCAACGACCCCGCCAACCACUUUGAAAUCAAAAUGCCAGAAGGUACGUGUGUCAUCUUUGAAAACAGAAGGGCCUUGCACUCGAGAAACGCAUUCUCCGACCUGAACAACGGCGAUAGGUGGUUGAUGGGAACCUACGUCGACGGCGAUAGCUUUAGAUCAAAAUUACGUAUAGGCUAUAGACAAUAUGUACAAUCUUAA